GGUGGGAGUGAGAGGGCAGGAGGGUGUGUGGAGGAGUGGGGUCAAGACAGACAGACAUACUAAAUCAGCGAGGGAGGAGAAGACAGGUACUCCAUAUUCAAGAGCUGUCCCGGGGGACGGGAGUUCAAACGCCUAGCCCGGUUGGGAGAGGUUUAGCAGACCCCACAGAAAAGGAGCUAGAUCCGGUACCAUGAGCACUCGCUCGGAACGGGAGAAAUCCCAGAAGCAGAACGAACAGCAUCAGGCCAUCCUGUCCAAACUACUCCGGGAGGAGGACAAUAAGUACUGCGCCGAUUGCGAGGCCAAAGGUCCAAGAUGGGCAUCCUGGAAUCUUGGUGUUUUUAUUUGUAUCAGGUGUGCAGGAAUCCACCGAAAUCUCGGUGUGCAUAUAUCUCGAGUGAAAUCGGUAAACUUGGACCAGUGGACACCAGAACAAAUACAGUGUAUGCAAGACAUGGGGAAUACGAAGGCUCGAUAUUUCUAUGAAGCAAACCUUCCAGAACAUUUCCGGAGACCUCAGACUGAUCAAGCUGUAGAAUUUUUCAUCAGGGACAAGUAUGAGAAAAAGAAAUAUGUGGAUAAAAAUGCAAACAGUGGAAUCACAAUAACAUCCUCUGAUGCUGCACCCUUGCCAUCAUCUCCCUCUUUAUCAAAUACUGCUGAGAAGAGCAAACUAGAGAGAGAGAAGGACAAACGGAAAGAUGUAAAAAAGAGGGGAAAAGAUGAAGAGAAACCUAUUGCUUUAGAAAAAGUGAAAAUGUCUCCUCCCCAUGCCGUGGGUUUGCCUCCAAGCAUCCUCAACCUAACUGGAGAAGACCUUUGCACAGAGAAGGGAUGCACUGUUUCUGAAGCUCUAAAGAAAGAUGAUGUGGAUACUAGAAUGAGCUCUCAGAAGGUAGAACAAUCCACCAUCGAUCUAUUAGGGCUGGAUACUCCAAUUGAAGUUCCUGCUGCUAAUGGCAGUGCUAUUUCAAGUACAAGAUUGAAUGAAGAUCUUGAUAUAUUUGGCCCUAUGGUUUCCAAUCCUCUUCCAACAUCUGAUUCGCAGCUGCAUCAGCCCAUUUCCACAAAACCGACAGGAGGAGCCUUAUCUGCACCAGCAGAUCUAGAUCUUUUCACUGAGCCAACUACAAAAUCGGAGGACUCUGCUAAGAAGCCACUGUCCAAGGAUUCUAUCUUAUCUCUGUAUGGUACAGGAACAAUGCAACAACAACAAGGCACUCCAGCUGCUGUGUUCAUGGCACCUUCUUCGAUGUCAUAUGUCUCUCACCCUGCAGCCAGCUAUCCAAAUUUCCCUAACCUUGGAACACCUAUGCCGGCACCUACAGGCAUGAUGGGCAAUAUGAUGGGGCAGUCGGUGGGUAUGGUGGGCCAGCCAGCAGGGAUGGUGGUUGGCAUUGGAAUGGCAAAUGGAUUUAUGGGUAAUGUGCAAACUGGUGCUGUCCGAGUUCCAGAGAAUAUGGUGGCUCCCCAAGCAGGAAUGGUGGGAAAUUCAUACAAUGUGCAACAAAGCCAGCAACCACAGUGGAAUCUCAGUCAGGUGAAUCAGCAGAUGGCUGGGAUGAACCUAAGUUGCCCGACUGGUGUAAUGAGCUUCAGCCAAGCUGCAGGCACAAAGGGAGGAUGGACAGGCAACCCAACAGGGCAGACACUUAGUACUCAACUGUGGAAAUAAUGCAAAGCAUGCGUUGAGGCUGCAUUCCUGUAGUUCUCCAUCAUCUCAAUUGCAUAACAGACUCUUGUUAUUCUCUUGAUGCAAAAAGAAAUACUCUGGAUUGACUGCUUCAUAUUACUUAGUUUGAUCUAGACUAUUCUUGGCUGUCUAUUGUUGAAUCAGUCAAAUGAAGUCAUUCCCUGGUUAAACUAUGGGGUACCAGUUUCAGAAGUUUCCCCCCCCUUAGUCUUUUCUAAAAUGUAUCCAUCAUAUGCUGUCUGAACAGUUCACAAUAAACUGUAAUGAUAUUGUAUGUGACUUUGUAGCUAGUACAUGUACUGCUAAGGAAAGAAAGUGAAUUGUCAUUUUGGCAGCCUCCCUCCAGAAACCCAGUACCCUCUAACAAAAAUCACCUGUACUCCCUGUAGAAGAAAUUGUAUGAACUGCUGUGUUAAAUUACUAGGUGUACAUGUGUUUAAAAAACAUUUCCUGGAUUACCAUCCUUUUGUUUUUUGUUCCAACAUUUUUUUUCUUUGUGAUGAUACUAUGAUGUGGAGCAAAUAAAAGAAACAAAAUUAGAGGAAAAAUAAAUCUGGAUAGUAGAUGAUCAAUGAUUUGGACUUUUAUUUGGAUUUAGAUCCCAGGAAUUGAGAACAGAAUGUUUAUGUUGCAACUCAGGUUUGAACUGUUUUACUGCAAUUGGCAAAUUAACUAUUGUGAGCUAGCGAGCCCAGAGGUACUCUGUACCUUAUUGCAUGUUAAUUUGUCAGUAUAUUUUUUACUUUCACCACUUAAAGCUUUCUUACAUUUGGGGAAUCGGCAUCACCUUCUUGUACCACACCUUCCUCUUUGAAAAAAAUUAGCAGUACGUUGACUUAAAUAUUUAAAGACUGCUAAUAUCAACUAUGUAAUGCAAACUGUCAAAUGUGACAUUUUAAUUUGUUGCAAGGUUCUGAAAUAAAUAACACAUAGCCUUAAGUGUCUGCUAUGAAUCAGUGUUUAACAAAGUUGAAAUUCUAAUCUAUUUGAAAUAAAUUUUAGUAAUGCUGCUAGAAAUGAUUAAUGUGUUGGUAGUUUUCAAUACCAUGAUAAUCUGUAAUUGACAACUUUGUAACUAUCAAAUUGAAAGUAGCCUCUAGUGCUUUGUGUGUCUCUAAUUUUAAUUUAUUUUGCCACCCAUCCAAGAACACUCCAUGCACAAUGCCACUAUAUAUUGCCAUGAUAGCUCAAAUAACAUCACAAGGCUAACAGAUAUUCCAAGUUUGUUUUCAACUGUUUGAACUAAUUGUAAUUAGAUGUGCAGGUCUUUGAAAAGGCAAGCAAAAAAAUAUUUUCACAAAAUAUUUGUGCUCCUUCUACCCAUCACUGUAGCUUAUCUGAGAAAUGUCCCUGAAGAGGGAAGGUUUAGAUAACUGGUUGAGGCAGUGGCAAAACGGUUGAGAUAAAAUUCUUGUUGCCUAUUUCCUUUGAAAAGCAGAAAAAAAAUUAACAAAGUACAGGAUUCAAAUUCCUACCCCUUAAUGUAUUAAAAAUUUAUAGCACCAAUUACAAAUUAUUGAUGCACAUCACAUCAAACUGUUGCACCUUAAACAGUUUAAGUUUUAAAGUCACCUUGCUAGUCAUGUACGAAUGUUCAAACCUGCUAUUGUAAUAGAAAUGACAUUUUUUUCAGAGCGUUUUGAGUUUUAUAUCUUUGUUAAACUUAAUGGCUAUUUAAUAACAGGUGCUUAAAGAGUUAUCAGCUAAAUGCGCCAAACAUGAACAGGGUAACUGUGCAGAGCACUUGCCAUAAACGUGAGUUUCCCACGAGCUACGUCCAGGUUUAUUACUGCAGUUGUGUUUACAUAUAUGGUGCCUAGUAUAGCAAGUAUGUUAUUUCACUGUAUUAAAUCAAUUAAACCUCAAUCAGUUGUG